AGUCGAAUAUAAUGCUGUGAAGUUAAACUUUCCUCGUCUCUGAAAGACACAAUAAACCCUGAGGUCACCGGAAGAUCGGAAGGAAAGCGCUGCUGAUUUGCUUCAACUUCGAAACGUCGCCUCUGCUGAGAAACUAGAAAGGAAGUUUGGUGGCAGUGAGAGGGAAGAGGAUGAUCUGGUGAUGGACCACUCUAAAUCGCAUCCGGUAGAUCAGGUCCUUCCCAGGCAGCCAUGAGUCAGCCGCCGACCGGGGGCGCUGCCCCUGCCUCAGCCGCAGCCCCUGCCGCCACCGCUGCCACGGAGGCUCGCCUGCACCCGGAGGGCAGCAGCAGAAAGCAGCAGCGUGCUCAGUCGCCCGCCAGACUGAGGGACAAUUCGGUCCGACAGACAGCCGCGGCCACCCGGUCCCCGGUGGGGGCAGGCACUAAACUCAAUUCUGUCCGGCAGCAGCAGUUGCAGCAGCAGCAGCAACAGCAGCAAGGCAACAAGACAGGGGCCCGCGGGGUGCCACCGGCCGGCACCCGAGGAAGCGGAGGCGGGGCAGAGAAGGCGGCGCCCCUGGUUCCCAAAGGGGCUGUGCCGGGAGCUGUCCAGCCCGCGGCUGGUGCUGAAGCGGCCCCUGCGGCGACCCUGGCCCCAGUGGGGUGCAAGAGGCCUGGCCUGACGGAGGAGCCGCCCCGGGAACCAGAGCCAGCGUCCUCUAAACUCGGGGAACCCCCUCCACUUGGGGAAGGAGGGGGUGGAGACGGGGGAGGAGCCGGCGGCGGCUCCGGGGAAAGGGAGGGGAGCGUUCCGCCGCCGCCCAGGGGCUGGCGAGGGAAAGGCGGACGCGCUCCUCACAGGGGCGGCAGCGGCGGGGAGGGGGCCUCCCCUUCUCCAUCCCCCUCCGCGGUCAGAACCCCAGGCCCAGGCAGCAGGAACUCCGGAAGUGGCGUUGUGGGGGGCAGCAGCAGUGGGGGAGGGAGCUACUGGAAGGAAGGAUGUCUGCAGUCUGAGCUCAUCCAGUUCCAUCUCAAGAAAGAGCGGGCGGCGGCCGCGGCGGCCGCGGCUCACACACACACUAAGAACGGCGGCGGCGGCGGCAGCCGCAGCUCCCCGGUCUCUGGCGCCCCCGCCAUUGGUGAAUCUCUUGCAGUCCCUUCCUCCUCCCCGAUGGCGGCGGCAGCCGAGGGCCCCCCGCAGAGCGCAGAGGGCGGCGCGGGCGGCGGAGGCAUGCAGGCGGCGGGGCCUCCUUCGUCGCAGUCGCACCCGCAACAGCUCCAGGAGCAGGAAGAAAUGCAAGAGGAGAUGGAGAAGCUUCGAGAGGAAAAUGAGACUCUCAAGAACGAGAUCGACGAGCUAAGGACCGAGAUGGACGAGAUGAGGGACACUUUCUUCGAGGAAGAUGCCUGUCAGCUGCAGGAAAUGCGCCACGAGUUGGAGAGAGCCAACAAAAACUGCCGGAUCCUGCAGUACCGCCUCCGCAAAGCCGAGCGCAAAAGGCUCCGCUACGCGCAGACCGGCGAAAUCGACGGAGAGCUUCUGCGCAGCCUGGAGCAGGACCUCAAGGUUGCAAAGGAUGUAUCUGUGAGACUUCACCAUGAAUUAGAAAAUGUGGAAGAAAAGAGAACAACAACAGAAGAUGAAAAUGAGAAACUGAGGCAACAGCUUAUAGAAGUUGAGAUUGCAAAGCAAGCUUUACAGAAUGAAUUGGAAAAAAUGAAGGAGCUAUCCUUAAAAAGAAGAGGAAGCAAAGAUUUGCCCAAAUCUGAAAAAAAGACUCAACAAACUCCCACAGAGGAGGACAAUGAAGAUCUGAAAUGCCAGCUGCAGUUUGUGAAAGAAGAAGCUGCUUUGAUGAGAAAGAAAAUGGCCAAGAUUGAUAAAGAAAAGGACAGAUUUGAGCAUGAGCUUCAGAAGUACAGAUCCUUUUAUGGAGAUCUGGACAGUCCUCUGCCCAAAGGAGAAGCCGGGGGGCCUCCCAGCACGCGGGAGGCUGAGCUCAAGCUGCGGCUGAGGCUGGUAGAGGAAGAAGCCAACAUCCUGGGCAGGAAAAUCGUGGAACUGGAGGUAGAGAACAGAGGCCUAAAGGCAGAACUGGAUGACCUGAGGGGCGACGACUUCAACGGCUCGGCCAACCCGCUCAUGAGGGAGCAGAGUGAAUCCCUGUCGGAGCUGCGGCAGCACCUGCAGCUGGUGGAAGACGAGACGGAGUUGCUGCGGAGGAACGUGGCCGACCUGGAGGAGCAGAACAAGCGCAUCACGGCGGAGCUCAACAAGUACAAGUACAAGUCGGGUGCCCAUGAGAGCGCACGGCACCACGACAGCGCCAAGACAGAGGCCCUGCAGGAGGAGCUGAAGGCGGCGCGCCUGCAGAUCAACGAGCUGAGCGGCAAGGUCAUGCAGCUGCAGUAUGAGAACCGCGUGCUCAUGUCCAACAUGCAGCGCUACGACCUGGCCUCGCACCUGGGCAUCCGCGGCAGCCCCCGCGACAGCGAUGCUGAGAGCGACGCGGGCAAGAAAGAGAGCGAUGACGACUCACGGCCGCCACACCGCAAGCGCGAAGGGCCCAUUGGUGGCGAGAGCGACUCCGAGGAGGUGCGCAAUAUCCGCUGCCUAACACCCACGCGCUCCUUCUACCCGGCACCCGGGCCCUGGUCCAAGAGCUUCUCCGACCGCCAGCAGAUGAAGGACAUCCGCUCGGAGGCCGAGCGCCUGGGCAAGACCAUCGACCGGCUCAUCGCGGACACGAGCACCAUCAUCACCGAGGCGCGCAUCUACGUGGCCAACGGGGACCUGUUCGGACUGCUGGACGAGGAGGACGACGGCAGCCGCAUCCGGGAGCACGAGCUGCUCUACCGCAUCAACGCGCAGAUGAAGGCCUUCCGCAAGGAGCUGCAGACCUUCAUCGACCGCCUGGAGGUGCCCAAGUCCACAGACGACCGUGGCGCCGAGGAGCCCAUAUCCGUGAGUCAGAUGUUCCAGCCUAUCAUUUUACUUAUUCUCAUUCUUGUAUUAUUUUCAUCACUUUCUUACACAACAAUAUUUAAACUUGUCUUCCUUUUUACACUGUUUUUUGUACUGUAAGUCUUUCAUCAUUCACCAUUCAUUGUAGUAUUUUCAGUUUGUUUAUUUUGUUCACCCUUCAAGACAAGAAGUAAAAGAAGUAUAAUUUCUGUAGUAACCAAUGCUAUAAAAACACUGAAGACUGCUUAAUUUAUUUAAAAAGACCCAUCUUACAACUACCAAACUCAAUAAGAAGCCCAAGCACUAAAAUAUUUCAGGCUUUAUUUUAAAGGCAAGUGAGACCGCUUCAAAUAAAACAACUCCAAGCUUCCAGGAAACAAAAACUAGAAGGCAGAGACGAGCAGAAACACCCCUUCACUAACACUCACGUGGUUGCCAUGGACCUG